AUGGCUCCACGGGUGACUCGCCGAACUGUUGCUGAAAUUGAUAGAGAAUUUGAUGAGUUGACCUAUGCUUUAUCUGAUCCAAGGGAGCAGUUGAUCACCUCUGGGGAAAGAACAAGCAGGUUACGUCCACGUGCCUCUCGAGCUGACAAUACAAGUGAUCAUUUGGAUUUAGAUGAGGCCAUGGAUGAAAAUAUUCAAAUAAAUGCUGCAGCACACAACACUGAAGACCCUGCUAAGAAGAGUGGUAGAAAAGUUACAACCAACGAUCAACUUCGCAAGAGAAGAGCAAAAGGAAACAAUAUUGAUAUAAAGUUCCCUAAUGAAUUUGCAAAAGUGUGUGGAGAACAUGCUAGUUUAUUUAAAUGUGAGAUAACAGUUCUUGUUAUCAUUGCAUUCAAUGGCUGCUUAUUACAUCAUAUCAUUGUUGUACAACAAAAGUUUCCUGAGCUUUCAGAAGAAGAUAAAGAUUGUGCGAUGAGACAAGUAGAGAGUCAAUACAAUAAUCGACGUUAUCGUCUACUUCAAGCUUACCAUAACAAGAAGCCAAGGCCACAACAUGUCUCACCAGAAGGUUGGCAAUGGUUGAUAAGGAAUUUGUGGACAGAUGAUGAUUUUCAGAAAAGGAGGAACCAAAACUCUAUCAAUAGAGGAAAGCAAGAGAUGGGGUCCAAAGUAGGAACUAGAUCAAUUGCUCAAAUCGCUUAUGAUCUGGCGCAAAUUGAGGCUUCUGAACAGCAUGAAGCUGCAUCUCAAGCACGUGCAGAUGUUGUUGAGCAACGUGCUGAGGCUGCUGAGCAACAGGCACAAGCUUUGGAAGGCCAAGUUUCCACGGUGGUCGAAACAAAUGCACACCUGCAAGAAGAGCAGCAAUCCCAACGUGAUGAGCUUACUUCUUUGCGUCAAGCACAUAGUGGAGAAGUUGCUCGUCUAGUGAGAGAACAACUUGAUAAUCAAAUGGCUGAAUUAAUCGCACGCAUACAUUCUGGUGCCUCGUAG